AUGGGGCUAUCUACCAACCGGAGUGUGGUGGCCAGGAGGAGCGUGAGGAUUAUUCCCAUGUGUGAGGAGUGCCCCGACAUGGAGGAGUCUGUCAGCCAUGUGCAGUUCAGUUGCCCUCGGGCAGUGCAGGUUUGGAGGAGGGCUUCAUUCCCCAUGCCGCACUCCGUGAAGUCGGCCGAGGAACUUCUACGCCAGCUAAGGGAGGCCAUGAGGAGACUGAGUUCUGCUGAGUGGGGCAUCACCUAUGCUUACAUGCCUUAUCACAUUUGGCUAGACAGAAACGUUUGUCUCUUUGAAGGUAAGAGGACAUCCACGAGGGCUGUGGUCGAUAGAGCUCUCCUCCAAGUUGUAGAGAUCAUCAACACAACCAUGACGAUAUCAUCCGAGAUGGCUAGGGACAUCUGGGACUCCCACUUCGUUGUUGCAGUGCCUAAAUUUACUUUUGUCUAUUGGAAGCCCCCACCCCCCGGGCCAUCUCAAGGUUUUGGAAAUCCUCUCAAAUAUGGAUCUCAAAUGGAGGAGGAGACUCCGUUGGGGCGAGUAUGGAGGUUGAAGGAGGUGAAGGUUCCUGAUACUUCAUCUGCGCGUAGAGAUGGUGAUGCCAUCGACCCCUGA